AUGGCGCUUUCCUCGCACCCGUCCGGCACUGACCAGGUGCAACGCGCUUGGUGGAAAGAGGCCAGCGUUUACCAGAUCUACCCAUCUUCUUUCAAAGAUUCGAACGGAGAUGGUUUCGGUGAUCUAGGCGGCAUCAUCGAGAAGCUCGACUACAUCAAAGCUUUGGGGGUGGAUGUCGUUUGGUGUUGUCCUAUCUACAAAAGCCCUCAAGUCGACAUGGGCUACGACAUCUCGGAUUACAAGGACAUCGAUGCAAGAUACGGAACAAUGGAGGAUGUCGACCGCUUGAUCGAUGGGUUGCAUCAGAGAGGACUCAAGUUCUUGAUGGAUUUGGUCGUCAACCACACUUCCGAUCAACACGCAUGGUUCCAACAAUCUCGGUCAUCCAAGCAAAACGCAUAUCGCGAUUGGUACAUCUGGCGUCACCCCAAGCAUGACAGUAAAGGCAACCGCCAACCGCCAAACAACUGGAGCUCAUACUUUGGCGGUAGUGCUUGGGAGUACGAUGAACCGUCAGACCAAUACUACCUGCACCUCUUCGACAAGACACAACCGGAUCUCAACUGGGAGUGUGACGAGAUGCGUUCUGCCGUCUACGAGACCGUUCGUUGGUGGCUCGAUAAGGGCGUCGAUGGCUUUCGUCUCGAUGUGAUCAACCUGAUCAGCAAGGACCAAUCUUUCCCUGAUGCUACGAUAUCCGACCCUAACCAGACAUUCCACCACGGCUGUGAACACUACGCAAACGGACCUCGCAUUCACGAGUACCUACAAGAGCUGGGCGGCAUACUUGACCAAUACAACGCGUUCUCUGUCGGUGAGAUGCCAUGGAUCAGCGAUCCAGAGGAGAUUCUCAAGUGCGUUGGCUACGACAGAAAAGAGCUGAACAUGAUCUUCAACUUUGAUGUGGUCGAUAUGGAUCACGGCCCUGGCGGCAAGUUCAGCCCGAAAGACUGGCAGAUGACAGAGCUCAAGGACAUAGUCUCAAAGUGGCAGAGCUUCAUGUACGGCAAUGGCGGUUGGAACGCUCUCUACCUCGAGAACCACGAUCAACCCAGAACAGUCUCUCGAUGGGCAUCCGACAACCCUGAGCACCGUACACUAGCAGCCAAGAUGUUUGCCACGUUCCUAGGACUACAAAGUGGGACCGUCUUCCUAUACCAAGGUCAAGAGCUCGGCAUGUCUAAUAUUCCUGAGCACUGGAACAUGGAUGAGUUUAGGGACUUGGAAACCCUAAACCACUGGAACGAGCUCUGCGAGGUCCGUCCACACGACAAAGAUUUGCAGUCCAUCACGAAACAACAAUAUCAUAUCAAAUCAAGAGACAAUGCACGCACGCCCAUGCAGUGGACAGCGGAUCGGCAUGCGGGCUUCACCACAGGCGAGCCUUGGUUCCGCGUCAACGACACAUACGAUGCUUGCAAUGCUGAGGCGCAAGUCGGUGUGCAGGGAAGUUCCUUCGAGUACUGGAGAAGCAUACUGGGCCUUCGCAAACAGAUGCUGGACGUCUUUGUGUAUGGCGACUUCCAGAUGGUUGAUACAGAGCAUGAGGAUGUCUUUGCAUACGAACGUUCUUUCAAAAAGCAAAGCGUAUUGGUGGUUUGCAAUUUCCGUCAGCAUGAGGUAGACUGGAUGUUGCCGGCUGGCUUCAACAUGAAGGAUGUACUGAUUUCCAACUAUACUGGUGUGGACGCACAGGAUGGUCUACUGAAGCUGAGGCCUUUCGAAGCCUUUGCUAUUGCUCAAGGCAAAGUUGCUUCCUUGCCUCGUCUUUGA